AAAAGUAUGAAUCACAUCAUGUUCUAUCUCGAACUCAGAUAUUAACAUACUUUUAAAACUGUAGGAUCUACCGAUAGAAGUUGAAUUUUUCGUAGCAUUUAAAUUCUUCCAACGUCAUCGAAAUCACUUGUGCGAUCUGUCCAUCAGAAUACAGGAUACGAAUAUCAUGAAACAGCAAACAGUACGUGUCACAUAUUAUAUUUUAAUUUAUCUAACGAUAUUCGCAAUCGGAUCGUUGGGGAUAAGUUAUGCCAACCGAUUAGCUUUGGAUAGCAAUGACAUAUAUAAGAGAGACAUAAGACAGAAGAAAGAAUUAGCAUUGCAUAUAAAUACGACGGAGGAUUCAGAUAUGGAGGAGUAUAUCUUGGAAAUAGAUUGCGAGAGAUUCAAUGUAUCGUUCAAUUUUUCAAGUACAAUUAUAAAAGUGUUAGGAAAAGACUUCGUUAAUACUCCGUUCAUAACAUGUUUGAACUUUGAUGGUAAUCAAAUAGAAUCAGUCGAAUCUGGUGCUUUUGAUAAUUUACCAUCUUUAGAAUAUCUAAAUAUGGGAAGAAACUACAUUUCCUCUUUAUUUUCCUUUAACGGUCAUGAUAAUAUAAAAGUGUUGGUAUUGGCAGGUCAAUUGAUAUCUGAUUAUUAUGUAAACUUGGAAAUUAUCGGAGAAUAUCCCAAACUUCGUUAUUUAGAUUUAAGUAGUAAUAAAAUAUCAUCGAUCAGAUGGCCCGUAAGUUAUCAGAACUCGUAUAAUCAGUUUAAUCGAAAAUCAGCAUUUCCUAAAUUAAAGCAUUUAGAUUUAUCUCAUAAUAAUCUUGAACAAUUUUACAAUUACUAUGAUAAUUCUGUACUAUUCACCCGAAACGUAACGUAUCUUAAUCUGAGUAAUAAUAAUUUGCGUAACGUCGAUCUACGUUAUUUUACGAAUUUGAUUGAAUUAAGAUUAGAUAAUAAUAACAUAAUGGGUAUCACUGAAUAUUGUUAUAAUGAAUAUUUAUGUAUAAGUGAAAUGCCAAGAUUAAAAUAUUUUUCUAUAUCCUAUAACAAAAUAGCCAGUUUAGAUCAGUCCACUUUUAAGAAUACACCUGAAUUAGUUACUUUGAAUCUUUCGAAUAACCAAUUAGAACGUAUUUUACCAGAAACCUUCUAUGGCUUAGAUUCAUUAGAAAACUUAUAUUUAGAUAAUAACGAAUUAUCUUCAAUUAAUAGUUUAAGUCGCUUGUCAAACUUAUCCGUUUUAUCUGUAUCUUAUAACAAUAUCCGGGAAAUAGGCUCUGAAGAUAUAAGCAAUGCUCGGAUUUUAAAAAAAUUGUAUUUAGAUCAUAAUAAAAUUGAAAAUAUUCAUGAAAGUACAUUUUCUGAAUUGGAAUCAUUAGAGGAACUAUAUUUAGAAAGUAAUAAUUUAGUUAAAUUACCGGUCGGAUGGGCUAACAAUUUAAGAAAUCUACGUUAUCUCAAUUUGUCGAAUAACAAAUUUAUAUUUUUGGAAUCUUUAUCGCUAAUCAAAUCUCUGCCAGUAAUAAGGAUAGACUUAAUGAACAAUAACUUCAUUCAUAUGAAAGCUGAAGGAUUGCGAAAUUUACCUGAAAAUGCGACCUUAUACUUGAUUUCACUAUCGGAAGACAAUGAAUUAUCUAAAGAGGAUUUUCUUAUUGUAUUACAACAUGAGAUAAAUAAAACAACAAUACGUUCAUACGAAUUAGCUUUUGAAUUAAUUUACAAGAAUAUUGUAUUCAUAAUGUGGCAAUCAAGUACGUUUAUUAUUCAUAUGGCUAUUAUUAGCAUGGGGUUCUUUCACGGUGUAUUUGCUACGACGAUAUCAAUUUAUUCGAAGAACUUCGAAGAAGAUCUUAGUUUGAACUUUGAAGAACCUAUGGACAAGUGCGAUAAUUCGGAUCAAGAAAUUGUAAAACUUGUUAAAAUGGGAAUAAACGUUUUGAGGGAAAACUUCAUUGAGAGCGCGAACGUGCGAUCUAUCAAUCUCGAAGACAACCCUAUCAUUGAUAUCUCUCCGGAUGCUUUCAAAGGUGUUCCAAAUUUGACCUGUCUCAAUCUUGGACAGAACACUGCAAUCAAUAUUUUCAACAAAUUUUUAAAUAAUUUUUACCAUCCUUCAUUAGUGAAACUAAACUUACAUCGAGCUUUAAAAAAAUAUAUUAUGUCCGAUUAUCAAAAUUUACGUUCAUAUCGUGACACUGCAAUACCGUCAGGAAGUUUCCUACCUCAUGUCACGCAUUUGGAUAUUAGCGAAAAUAAUAUAGAUUAUUUACCUAAAUAUCUUAAAUCUUCAUUUCCCCGUUUAACGCACCUUUAUUUGUCGGGUAAUAGAUUAAACAUAUUAGACAAUAUUCCUGCGUCAACGCGAGUUAUAUAUCUUGAAAGAAAUCAAGAUACUAUUGUAAUGUCGUAUAUUCCAAAAAAUAUUUCUGCUUUAUUUCUUAAUGAGGAUACUAUAAGAGAUUAUAUUAGCGACUUUCAUAACCUUAAUGUAUUGUCUAUUCGUAACUGCAAGAGCUAUUAUUCAGAGACUUGCAGAAUUCAAAAUUGUGAAAAUCUUGUUGAUUUGGAUAUGUCAUCAAAUAAAAUUAAAUCUAUUUAUGAAGAGGACUUUAAAACAUUGAAAUCUUUACAACGGCUUUCUUUAGAUCAUAAUAUUCUUUCAUCCGUAUCUUUUUUGACCCAUUUGUCUUCUCUCACAGAUCUGUCCAUAGCAUAUAAUAAUUUAACCAAUAUUACGUCGGAUUAUUUUGCAAAUCUUCGAAAUUUGAAAACAUUAAAUUUGCGUGGAAAUCGUAUUUCGAUAAUUUCGAAAAAUGCUUUCUUGAAUUUGAAUAUGUUAAAAAAACUUGAUCUUGCGGAAAAUAAACUAACUACUCUUCCUGAUACAUGGAUGAAUACUUUGACAGGAUUGCGCUAUCUUAAUGUACAAUCGAAUUUCUUUACUAGCAUCGAAAACAUGUCAAUAUAUGGUUAUUCAAAUUUAAAUCACUUAUUUGUGCGCAACAACAGUUUUAUAUUGAUAGAAAUGAAGAGUUUAGAGAGAUUACCUUCAUCUGUUGUCAUUCAUAUCAGUCGACUGUCGAUUAUAUUCAUAAUGUGGCAAUCAAGUAUGUUUAUUAUCCAUGUGGCUGUUAUUAGCAUGGGGUUCAUUCACGGUGUAUUUGCUACGUCGAUAUCGUUUUGCCCAGAAAAAUUCGAAGAAAAUCUCAGCUUUCACUUUGAAGAACCGAUGGACAAGUGCGAUAAUCCAGAAUAUGGCAUCGUAAAAUUGAAUAACAUUGAGUUGAAAAUAUUGAACAAUAACUUUAUUGAAAGCGUUAUCGUACAAUCUAUUAAUCUUGAGAAUAACAGUAUCAUUAAUAUUCAUCCGGAUGCUUUCAAAGGUGUUCCAAAUUUGCUCUGUCUCAAUAUGCAACAGAAUUAUCAAUUGAAUACAUUGGACAACUUUCUACAAUAUUUUAAACACUCUUCGUUAACAAAAUUAAAUUUAGCUGAAACAAUAUCAAAAAGCCAUUUAUUCAAUCAGUAUUCAACAAUUUCACCCGGUGAAAUUACAGAAAUAUCACUUGAAAAUGCCUUUCCUCGUGUUACGCAUUUGGAUAUUAGCGCAAAUGAUUUAGAAUUUUUACCUGAGUAUUUUACAUCUUUGUUUCCUCGUUUGACGCAUCUUUACUUAUCCAAUAAUAGGCUGACCUCAGAUUACAUUUAUCGUAUACCUGCGACGACGCAAUAUUUGUAUUUGGAAGGAAACACAGUCCCUAUUAAUUUGCUAAAACUUCCAAAAAAUAUUUCUGGCCUAUUUUUAAGUGAGAAUCAAUUAGAACUGCAUGACCAAUCUUCAGCAUAUCCUAAUUAUGAUUAUGAUUAUCUAAGACGUUUUAGCUCCUUAAAGCAACCUUUCUAUUAUGAGAGAAACAGUAAUGACGAUAUAAAAAAGGAUAUGGAACUUUUAUCAAAUCUUGUAAUAUUGUCAGUUCGUAAAUGCAAAAAUAUUAAUUUAUUGAUUUUGAAUCUUGACAAAUGUAAAAAUCUUGUUGAUUUGGAUAUGUCAUCAAACAAAAUUAAAUCUAUUCAUGAAGCGUACUUUAAAACAUUGAAAUCUUUACAACGUUUUUCUUUAGAUCAUAAUACUCUUUCAUUCUUAUCUUUUUUGACCCAUUUGUCUUCUCUCACAGAUCUGUCCAUAGCAUAUAAUAAUUUAACCAAUAUUACGUCGGAUUCUUUUGCAAAUCUUCGAAAUUUGAAAACAUUAAAUUUGCGUGGAAAUCGUAUUUCGAUAAUUUCGAAAAAUGCUUUCUUGAAUUUGAAUAUGUUAGAAAAACUUGAUCUUGCGGAAAAUAAUCUCACUAUACUUCCUUCUCUAUGGUUAAAUAACUCGACAGUACUGCGCUAUCUUAAUCUAAAAUCGAAUCUGUUUACUAAUCUCGAUAGCAUGUAUGGUUUUUCUAAUCUUAAUCAUUUAUUUUUGGGAGACAAUUGUAUUAAACAAAUCGAAAUGGCGAACUUGAAGGAAUUACCAUCAACUAUUGUUAUUUAUAUGUCAUCGAUAAAUGAUUCUUAUGUAAAAUGUAAAACGUAAUUCAAUUGUUUACGUGUAUAGCGUAAAUUAAAUACGAAUUAAUAUCUUCA